UUCUCUAACCACAGAAUUCUCCGAAGUAAUUCUCAGAAUUAGUUCUUCUUUUUCCCUCCGUUUAUUGAUUUUGGUUUUGAGAGAUAUGAAGAUCGUUGCUGCUUAUUUGUUGGCUGUGUUGGGCGGCAACGCCUCCCCCUCCGCCGAUGAUAUCUCCAACAUCCUCGCCUCAGGUUCAUACAUAUAUAUAUACUCUCUUCGCUUACAUAUUGCUGGCAAAGAUAUCACUGAGUUGAUUGCAGCUGGGAGGGAGAAAUUGUGUACCGUACCCUCAGGAGGUGGUGUCGCUGCACCUUCUGGAGGUGGCGGUGGUGCACCCGCAGCAGCUGCUGAGGCGAAGAAAGAAGAGAAGGUGGAAGAGAAAGAGGAAUCUGAGGGAGAGGUAAGCUGUAUCCUACGUGCUUGAAUUGGACGUCGUGAACUAAUUAUUUUGCAGGAUAUGGUGUUUGGUCUAUUCGACGACUAAGAAAUUUGUGAACAAUGAAGAAAUUUAGUUUUAGUUUUAGUUUUAGUUUUAGUUUUAGUUUUAGAUGGAGAAAAUUUUGCUGCUUGAAUGAGGGCCUUUUGCACAGUGAAGAUACUACAUUAGUAGUAGUAGUAGUGCUUACUUUGUUUUGAAUUUCAAUUGCUUAGGAUGAUUCAUUUGCACAAUGAAGAUAUACUGAUAUUAAUAUAGUGCUACUAUGGAUUUUUGAAGUA